AUGAAGGGCCUCCUCACACUGGCUUGGUUCCUGGCUUAUAGUGUGCCUGCUGUGCCAGGGGGCUUGCUAGAGCUGAAGUCAAUGAUUGAGGAGGUGACUGGAAAGGAUGCCCUGAAUAGCUACGGCUUUUAUGGCUGUUACUGUGGCUGGGGUGGCCGCGGAACCCCCAAGGAUGGCACUGAUUGGUGCUGCUGGAUGCAUGACCAGUGUUACGAGCAGCUGGAGGAGAAAGGCUGUGACGUCCGGACACAGUCAUACAAAUACAGAUUUUCACAGGGCCUGGUCACCUGCGAGCCCAGGCCCUUCUGUCACAGGCAGCUCUGUGCCUGUGACCGGAAGCUUGUCUACUGCCUGAAGAGAAACUUGUGGAGCUACAACCGUCAUUACCAAUACUUUCCCAACAUCUUCUGCUUCUGA